AUGCUUCAAGAAGGCACUGGAAGAGUCAAAGUUUACGCCAGAAUUCGGCCAACGGCGCGAUUCGCGCAGGAAAUGAUCGAACUCUUACCCGAUGGAAAAUCGAUCAAUAUUCACUGCAAGAAAGAUUUGAGACGUGGUUACAUCAACAACCAAGUACUUGACUGGAGUUUUAAUUUGGAUCGCGUUUUACACAACGCUAGUCAAAGCGAUGUUUAUGAGGAAUGUGCAAAGAGAAUCGUUACCGAGGGCUUAGACGGUUACAACGGAACGAUUUUGGCGUAUGGGCAGACGGGAGCGGGCAAGACUUUCACAAUGACUGGUUCGACGGAGAAAUUCCAACACCGUGGAGUUAUCCCACGGGCAAUUCAACAGGUUUACAGAGAGAUACGGGAAAGGUCUGAGCACGCUGUGACUGUACGGAUCUCAUAUUUAGAAAUCUAUAACGAGCACAUGUUUGAUUUGCUUAGUACCUUGACCGGGGCCCCUUUGUUAGAUCCUUCUCAGAUGACCGUCACAGAGGAUGAUGAUGGAUAUACAAGAGUGAAAGGGCUCAGCAUUCAUCAGGCUAAUAGUGAAGAAGAAGCCUUGAAUUUACUCUUUGAGGUAAGAUGUAACCGCAUGUUUGCUGAUUUGGAAAGGAAGAACAAUGAAUGUAAGUUGUAGAACUUGAACUUGGGAAGGGGGCUCUGCAAUCCUGUGUUUUUUUUUUUUUUGAAUAUUGAUGUCACAGCCUCUUUCGAAAUUGGAAUUUGAAUUUAAAGAAAAAUAUAAAAAGGCAUGGAUGGAUAAGGAAAUUAAAAGAUAAGUUAGAAAUAAUAAGCAGUGAUAAUAGUGAUGUUAAAAAUAAGAAUGAUACUAAAAAUGAUACUUCAGUAAUUAUCCUAACCCUGGUGAUAGUAAGUACAAUAAUAUUAAUAAUUAUAAUAAUAGCAACUAUUAUUAUCGUCACCAUCAUCAUCAUCAUGAAAGACCCUUUUUAAGACCUUAAGCUAAAAACUACUAUUAUUUAUUUAUUCAUUGAUUUUUUUACAUGUGGGAAAUUAUUGAUCAUCUAAGUCAUGUUUGGAAUAUUUGGAACAGCAAUCAAGCUUUCCAUACCUUGGGUUGAGGAGGUACAAUGUAGGAGUUCCUUGAAUCUCUGGUUCACUACAAAAAGCUUGCUGAAUGGGUAUAGCAGAGUUCUUUAAUAUGGCUCUAUGGGAUGUAGCUUCAUGUCCUAGAUAGUACUAUUAAUGAUACCAUCUAUCUGUAUCUUCUAAUGGUCACUAAUAAAGCAGAUUGUAUAAUAAGCUCAGUUAUGCAUGCAUUCUGAUUGGUUCUCACUUAUGAUCUAUUGGAGGACAGACGUAUAGAUGACAUCAUCAUUAAAACUUUUUUUCCAUAUAUUUUAAUUCUUUAUUAUAUAAAACAAAUAGAUUCCAAGUUGCCGUGUGUCUGUUCAGUAAUAAAUCACAGAGGACCUCAAAAUGUGGUAAGAACAUCAGUGACACACUCAGCUACGCCUCGUGUGCCACUUUUUUGUUCUUACCACAUUUUGACAUCAUCUGUGAUCAAUUACUGAACAGAUGCACAGCAACUUGGAAUCUAUUUGUUAAGUAGACAAUCCAAACACACCAUAAAAAUCAAGGUUUAGCUAGAUGCAGUUGAUAAGCAAAAUUAUAAAUUGGAAUAAAGAAAUUGGUUUGAAAUCACAUUGAUUUAUACAAAUGAUAAAGGUGAAAUUGCAAUUGAAGUUGCAAAGUUAGGAUUGAAUGGUUGUUGUUAAAUUUGUGGUUUAAACCAAAAGAAAUACAGCACAAACUAAACUAAGAAAAGUAUCCUGGGAAAUGUAACACUAACCUAACUGACAAUGAACCGAUUAUAAAGAGAACUGAAUGCAAGAAAUAAACCAAUAAUACCAACUCAAAACGGAAAUAUUGUAAACAUAAGAGAAAGAGUCACCAGUACUUUGGUCUUACUAGCUCCUUAUAAUAGCAGAUAAUUCAGUAAAAGUUGAAUGUGAUAGCAGCAAUGAAAUCCAAUAUCUAAUGCAUGUGCUUUAAAAUGUAACUGAUUGAAAUAUUGAACUUAUUAACUAACAAAGAAUUGAUUGAUAAAAUUAAACCAAAAUUAACCUAAAUGAAAAGGAUACAAACUACGCAUUUCAAAAGCAACACUAUCAGCUUAAAAUGUGGAUUACAUAUUAAUAUUUAGAUGAGAACACACUACUUUUUAUAAUGAUGAUGAUGAUGAUGAUGAUGGUGAUUGUAAUCAAAAUGAUAUCAAAAAAUAAUGUUAAUAAUCAUUCCUGUCACCUUAAAGAGCAGGUUUCACUUGCACUACAGUCAACAGUGUUAUGCAAAGGAGCAUCAGUCUUCUUUAAAAACAUUUAUUUUUCCACAUUUAUUCCUCCACUUACGAUGUUAAAUGUUAUCAAUUGACUGAAAAGCUUCCUCUCAUUGAUUAUUUAUUCCCAUAAAGACAUACAUGUACUGAAGUGAACCUGUUAAGCCUCUGUCUAGGGUUGGAAGGAGCACCACGGGUCUGCGAGGUGUAAACUAGCAGCUAAGGGACUAUGAGGGCAACCAACCCUCAUUACUGAAUCAUGAUUGCUCAAUCUUGAGUCUAGGAUACUAGCCACAAAAUUGUAAAAUCAUUCCUUCUCAAUGAGCCAACUUCCAACCUGACCACAGCAUUGUGUCAGGUUUGUCUGUGUGUUGUAGAUUGUACAUGUACCUUGGACAUUUAUCUAUCGUCUUCUCAAGAGUAGAAAUCGACUUAACUAUGUAUAAGGGCAGGGUAUAAGGGUUGAGUGAGAUUCAAAGAGCUUAAAAAACUAGAAAAACUAUUAGUUGCCAUUGCUUUGGCACUAUUCCUCUCUCAGUACUCAAGGGAGUAGUUUCCUUUCCAUUACCUAUCAAUAACCCAAUGUCAUAGUCUCUUUAAGUACAUUAACAUCAAAAAUAGCUAGUAACCAAUGCAGACCUUCUUUUAUUUGGUGGUUUAGUCACUCACCCUCUAAAUGAGGGAAUCGAAAGAGGACUAACACCUUUAUAUCAAGUAAAAAUUAUUGGUAAAUAAUCUUACAAUUUUUUUUUAAUUUCAGGGCGAAACUAAUCGUAUUAUCGCUCAACACGCAUUGAACAAACGUUCAUCUCGCUCGCAUUGCGUGUUCACCAUCUACAUCGAGUCACACUCGCGCGUCGAGUCCAACACGAAGUACGUCACCUCUAAGCUGAACUUUGUGGACUUAGCCGGGUCUGAGCGACUGGGGAAGACUCUGUCUGUAGGUGAUACCCAGGUGGAAGCCAUGUACAUCAACAAAUCGCUGACCUUCUUGGAGCAAGCUGUGAUAGCCUUGGCAGACAGAAGGAGAGAUCAUGUCCCAUUCAGACAGAGCAAACUCACUCAUGUGUUAAAAGAUUCCAUUGGUGGGAAAUGCAACACUUUGCUGAUUGCAAAUGUAUGGGGAGAGGCUGCUCACAUUGAAGAAACGGUGAGGAAUAUUCCUUCAUUAUUUUUUCACAGCGAAAGGGUAAGUUAAAAGAAAACUGAAAUAAAUUAACGAAGAAAGGAAAGGAAGAGAAAGAAACAAAAGCGUCCUGUGUUUAGAUGGAAUGAAAACAUUUUGUAGAUUACAACGUCGAUACAUCUUAAGUGGCAGAUCGUUUGCUGCGCUUUGUGUUUAACCAAUUAGUCUGCCUCCUGCUAGUUGAGAUUUUUUUAAAACAUUGCAUUUAUUCACAAUGUUUCUCUCCAGUUUGUUCGUGUUGGCCCUGAAACGACCCCCCUCCCAGCGAGGGAGUGGUCAAGAAGUACACAUACAUACACAAGUUACCUACUUUCGGGAAGGAAAAAUUGACAGCCACUUUUUUUUCCUCAAAGCUUUCCACGUUACGUUUUGGCAGUCGAAUGAUGAACGUGCCAUCAGAACCUGCUGUUACAGAGCACUUCGACAUGAUGAGACUCUGCAAACAACACGAGAAAGAAAUCCGAACUCUUCGACAAGAACUCGCCAUGCACGACACACUGACAAACCGCAGUCAAAUCUCCUACGAGCCGCUUUCGGAAUCUCAAAUCCAGGAUGUCCGCGAGCAAGUAAAACGAUUCUUGGCGGGUGAAAUGAACGAUAUUGAACUCGUCAAUGUUCGGCAAAUUAAAGAGACGUUCGCGCAGUUCCGAGUGAUUGUGAACACGAUGAAGGCGGACGUUGAGGAAAAGCUGCGAGAAAAGUACGUGUUACAGGAGAGAGAUGGAGCAACUUCCGGUGAGUUGUUAUCAUACAGCCAGGGAGGGUGAGGGCGGCACUCGGGCCAAUUUUUGUUGGGUGCUGUGCCUCUGGCCCGUCAGAGCCACUCACCCCAUCACCAUUACAGUUUAUUCUGUGGCCAAUUGUAGACCCCAUCUUAAACGCAUUUGGGCAAAUGAAACAACUUUAUAACCGCGAAUCUUCCCAAUUUUUUAAAUCCCUUUUUUUACCAAAAUCUUAUGACCUCCAAAAUCUCGAUUAUGUGCGACCCCAUUCUAGUAACUGCAGUGUCAAUACAAUCCGUUUAUAGUCAAUCCAGUCAUGAAAAUGCGACCGCAUCCAAUUUUACCAAAAUUUUAUGACCUCCAAAAUCUCGAUUAUGUGCGACCCCAUUCUAGUAACUCCAGUGUCAAUACAACCCAUUUAUAGUCAAUCCAGUCAUGAAAAUGCGACCGCAUCCAGCGGCACAUUCCCAUAAUCUCUCACUUGAUCGCACUGAUUCCUUCUUCAACUACUUUUUGGUUAUCAGCUUUUAUGGUGUGGUUUGACCAUAUCGAUUACUCUAAAAAUAAAAAUAAAAAAAUUACCUUAGUCUACGUUUCCCGAUUGGAGGAAUAGUUGUGUUGAAAUUGCAUUCCCGGUAGCCGUGAGGCUGAAAUUUUCAGGAAGGAACUCAUAUCGGAUGACUUCCAAAGAGUUUGUUCAAGUUGACCGCUAUUAUCCAUAUUUCAGCAAAGAGUAACAUAUCUUUUCGAGAGAAAUUAGGGUUUUUCACGUGACAACUGUACAGUAAAAAAAAAAACCAAAUAUUUGUAUUUACUUUGUAGCCGCGGCAGAUAAACAAGGCACCGUCCGGGGUGAUAACAGUGGAUUGGUUGGAGAAGUCGACGGCCGAGGAUUUGGUGUAGGUGUUGUUCCCCCUGGUGUAAAACCAAACGUUGCAACCUUGGUAAGCACCAGGAAGGUAAAGAGUCGGGGAAAAGCUAAAGAGAGAGACAGUGCUAAGUCUCUUGCCCCGGGUAGUGGAGGGCAAAUGGAGGGUCAAGCCGGAAGCGAUGGACAAGAUCGGGGACAGUCACCUUCAGCUCAGUCUCCUACGCAGCGCAUGGCCACGCCUCCACCCAAAAGCGAGGCUUUUGAGGAAUUCAAACAGGAAAGAGGCAGUGAAAUUAACAGGAUUCUCAAUCAAAAUAAAGGUAAGGGGUAUUUUUGAUGUAUCAGAAUUGGGAAAUUCUAGGUGAAAUUCAAGUGGUUUGACUUUAAUUGCGAUGAAUUUUGAACAUUGUCACAUCCAGAAAGUGGCUGCUCGUUCACUGAUUCCGGGUCGAAUUGUUGAUUUUGGAUCAUUGGUAUUCAUAGUGGGAAGAAAACCGGAGAAUCAGUAAGAAAACCCUGAAGCACAGAAGAAAAUCAUUAGGGUAGUACGUCAAGUCCAAAACAGAACACAUGCCUUAGCUUGCACCUCUGCUUCAGUAUCUUCCUUAUUUUUAGCGGUUUAAGUGUGGAGGGGCGGGGAGCUGAGGGAUUUUGGGGGGAUCACGUGGUUUUCAGUUGUCAAGGAGGGAGGGGGGGGUCCGCAGUCGUCGCUGAGAAAGUAUAAAGGGGGGACUGGAAAAAAUUGUCAGUUUACUGCCAAUCAACUUCCAAGGUGAAUCUCGUAGAGGCUUCAGGAUAAAUUAUCGCUCUCUGAAUGUGCUACAUCGAGUUACAAGUAUCUAAUAAUUGCUUAUUCGCUGCAGAAAUUUUGCGUGAGAAAAAGAAAAAGGCUAAGGAACUGUCCUCGUCAGUCAACAGUCUUAUGGAAGAAAUCAACGACACCAAAGAAAUGUUGGAAACUCGUAAGCAAAACCGACUAGAGCAAGGGGAAUUUCGAACAGACGAUGGUCAAGUCAUUAUUGAUGAAGACGAAUACGAACUUGUUUGUAAAGCAAAAGAUCUAAAGUUGCGCUAUCGGCGUGACUAUGAAGACCUGCUCAACACAAAAUCCGAAGUUACCUACUGCGAGAAGCUGGUCAAUCAAUGCAGACAUCGUCUCGUUACCGAGUUUGACAAUUGGUAUUCCGAAUCGUUCCUCGGAGCCGACGAUGAACCGAAGGGUGGUCGAGAAGGGCAAGUUCCCGAGGAUGAACAAGAGAAGUUUGAUCGACUUCAGUUAGAAUUAUUGAUGGAACAUCCUGACUCUGUACCUUAUUACAAUGCUAAGAUGCAAACUGAACGGCGCAUGCACUUAACGGCCAGCGGAAGACAACAGAAGAAGAGGAAGCCUGGGGCUCUUAUAGCUACAGUUCGAAACAAGCCACCAACAACACUGACGGUCACUUGAUCAAAUUCUUAAAAACAGGGAAAAGUCUGUUAAAACAGUAUAUAACUAUAAUCACUAUAAAAAAUUAUUUUUAAAAACAGGCUAUAAAGGCUAAACGAAAAACUGCAAUAAUGUUUUAUUUUCCUAGAUAAUUAGUCUCCUGAGCAUUACCACAGAUCUAGUUUUAUGACAUGAUGGAGGCGCGUGCGUUCUUCUUCGCUUAUGUGCGUCUACAUUAUACAGAAAUGAUCAAAAUCAUGUAGCACCAAUUGCAUUCAACUUGAUGCAAUAUUCGCUUGAGUUUCGAUAUGAAUUCUUUUUUUUGUGUGGUCAUAACUGUUAUUAUUACGAUCGUUGUUUUAUUAUUAUUAGCGCUACUAUUUCUAAGAGUAUCCUUUGGAAAGUAAUCUUUCAUUCACAAUUCACGCAAGUAUCUAGUAGGCUAACCAAACUGA